UUGAUAUCUAGUAUUUUAUUCUUAUUUUUAAGGGUCACCGUUGAUCAAUCAGAAACGCUGCCAGAAAAGAAGAAAGCAGAGUUGAACGAGAACAUUCAGAUCAUAGAGUAUGGAGAAGUUCCUCGGGACGUUCCUCUUCAAAUGCUGACCACGUACCCUCAAGGAGCCGGAUUUCCAUUCUUCACAUGGGCACAGCUUUUCUUCACUACUGCUGAUCAAGAAAUUGUCGGGUGGUUCAAAGGAACUGGUGAUUUUGGCAAACCGUCAAUUUACUCGCAACAAGAUAUUUCAAAAAUGAUGAAGCCUCUUCCAUACGUCACACUCAGCAAGGUGCAUGAUUGUUUGGAUAAAAUCUACAAAUUCUUAACGAAGAACGAUCCAGCAUUCCGUUGUGGUUUGAUAUGGAAGGGUAAAAAUCAUCUGGAAAUUUUCGCCAAGGAUCCUGAGUCGGAUGGAGGAAUUUCCAGCGGCGUACGUGAGUUUCUAGCCACACAAUGUAAAGAUGUCGUGGAGGACGGUGAAGCAAAAGAAUGA